AUGCAACAACCUCCAUUAGUUAAAACAACAUUCUCAAGAAAAAUCAGUUAUAUCCUGACCCACAAGUUCACUAAUAGAGGUGGCCACCACAGUGUGCACAAGCACACUGACUUUCUCAUACGAUGGGAAGGGGACUCACAUGAAGCGACAAUGUGGCACCACAAGAAGGACCUAUGA